UCAGGUGGAGAGACAGAAACAGGAAAGUCAAACUCUCUCCACGAGCCGGGGGACAGAAUGGCAAACAGGCCACCAGCGAGGAGGAAGAGGAGGACGAGGACGAGGCACAGAGGAAGAGGGCUCAUAAGAAAAAGGCCAAGGUCCAAGACAGCGAGGAAGAGGAUGAGGAAGAGGAAGACGAGGCACAGAGGAAGAGGGCUCAUAAGAAGAAGGCCAAGGUCCAGGACUGCGAGGAAGAGGAUGAGGAAGAGGAGAAGAGCGUCAAGUGGAAGGGCCCAAAGGCUGCAGGCAGAAAUAAAAAGGCAGUCAAGCAGGUGAGUGAGGAGGAGAGUGAGGAGGAAGAACGAGGGAAGAAAAGGAAAGGCAGAAAAUCGACAAGCAAGAACCAGAAAGAAGGGCAGAACAAGGAGAAGAAGAGCGAUGCUAAAGGGAAAAGUGACGCCAAAGGCAAAGGAGUGAAGGACAAAGGGAACGAGAAAGACAAGAAAAAGAAGAACGCAAAGUACAGCAGCUCUUCUUCUUCGGGCGAGUCAGGGGACGAGGAUUCUCUGUCAGAAGGGGAGAUUGCUGCUCAGAAGGAAGAGGUGGAGGAGAAGAAGAAGCUGAUCGCCACUCUAAGAAACAAACCGUGGCGCAUGAAGAGGAGGCUUAAACUCCUCAAGGAAUGCCAGGCGUUUGUGGAGAAGUUUGAGGGGGCUCUGGGAAAGGGCAAAGGGAGGAAGCUCUACGCCUACAAAGUCAUAAUGGCUAAGAAAAUGAUCAAGUUCAACCGUGACUUUGACAAUUUCAAAACAGCCUGUAUUCCAUGGGAAAGAAAGAUUAAAGAGGUUGAGAGUCACUUUGGGUCAUCUGUGGCUUCCUACUUCAUCUUCUUGCGGUGGAUGUACGGUCUAAAUCUGGUCCUGUUUGGGUUAAUGUUUGGUCUUGUUGUUCUCCCAGAGGUGAUGAUGGGUCUUCCGUAUGGGUCUAUACCCAGGAAAACUGUUCCCAGAGCGCAGCAGGCCAAAGCCAUGGACUACUCUGUCCUCCUUGAUUUUGGAGGUUACUGCAAGUACUCUGUUCUGUUCUAUGGCUACUAUAAUGACGAACGCACCAUCGGACUCCUCCAGUUCAGACUGCCACUGUCCUACCUACUGGUCGGUGUUGGCAUCUUCGGCUACAGCCUGAUGGUGGUCAUUAGAACGAUGGCCCGUAACUCGGAUGAGGGAGGAGAUGGUGGGGACGAUGGACAGUUUACAUUCACCUUUAAGAUGUUCACCAGCUGGGAUUACCUCAUUGGGAACCCAGAGACAGCUGACAACAAGUAUGCCUCCAUCACCACCAGCUUUAAGGAAUCCAUAGUAGACGAACAGGAGAACCAGAAGGAUGAGAACAUCCACUUGCGGAGGUUCCUGCGGGUUCUAGCCAAUCUUUUCAUUCUCUGCAGCCUGGGGGGCAGUGGCUUCCUCAUCUAUUUUGUGGUCAAGAGGUCUCAGGACUUUGCAAAAGUAGAUCAGAAUACGCUCUCCUGGUAUGAAAAGAAUGAGGUGGAGGUUGUGAUGUCACUGCUGGGGCUGGUGUGCCCCCCUCUCUUUGAGACUAUCGCUGAGCUGGAGGAGUACCACCCUCGUAUCGCCCUCAAGUGGCAGCUGGGCCGCAUCUUUGCCCUGUUCCUUGGGAACCUCUACACCUUCCUGUUCGCCCUGUUUGAUGAUGUCAACGAAAAGUUGGAACAGGAGAAGUACAUUAAGAAUGCCACUAUCUGGGGUCUGAAGGAGUACUAUGCCAACUACAGCACCUUCCACAACACUACUGACAUCCCCCCUCCGGAGAUCCCUCCUGCUGAUGUCAUCAGAGGGCCGUGCUGGGAGACCGACGUUGGCAUAGAGUUUGUGAAGCUCACCGUCUCUGACAUCCAGGUGACAUAUCUGACCAUCCUCAUUGGUGACUUUGUGCGAGCCGUGAUUGUGCGUUUCCUCAACUACUGCUGGUGCUGGGACCUGGAGGCUGGAUUUCCGUCUUAUGGAGAGUUUGACAUCAGUGGCAACGUGCUUGGAUUAAUCUUCAAUCAAGGAAUGAUUUGGAUGGGUGCGUUCUACGCACCUGGCCUGGUAGGGCUGAACGUCCUGCGUCUCCUCUCCUCGAUGUACUACCAGUGCUGGGCCGUGAUGAGCUGUAACGUUCCCCAUGAGAGGGUCUUCAAGGCCUCCAAAUCCAACAACUUCUACAUGGGCCUCCUCCUCCUGGUGCUCUUCCUCAGUCUUCUGCCUGUGGUUUACACCAUAAUGACCCUGUCGCCCUCCUCUGACUGUGGCCCCUUCAGUGGAAGGGCGCAAAUGUAUGAUGUUGUCAUGGAGACGAUAGAGAAGGACCUACCAGCGUUCAUUGGUAAUAUCUUCACCUACGCAACUAAUCCUGGGCUGAUCAUACCAGCUGUGCUGCUGAUGGUGUUGGCCAUCUACUAUCUGAAUGCGACCUCCAAAAACUAUCAAAAUGCCAACCUGGAACUGAAGAGGAAGAUGCAAAUGGCUAGAGAUGAGGAGAAGAACAGGAGGAACAACAAGGAGAGUACCAACCAGGUGAUGCAUGACCUGGUUGGCCUUCUUCCCAACCGUUCUCUAAUUCCCCCUCCUGCGGAAGAAGCACCCCCACCAGAAAACAUGAGCGAGAAGGGCAGCAAAUUUCCCAAGGUGUCAAAACGUCCAGGAGCAGCUGACAAUGUCAAGGGGGUUAACCUUCAGAAGGAUGUUUCAUUGGCUGCACCAAACUCCCGAGCAGCUGUGACCCGCCCCCCAGGCCCAAGGGGGCCGCCUGGAAACGCCAGAGGACCACCCCCAGGGCCGGGAAGGGGCAGAGGGAGGGGUGCACCUCGUCCUAAAUGCUAAUUAGGUGAAAACAGGGUGCUAAGAUGUCCACACCACCCUCACGACUCCUGUUGCGUGCCGGCCGCAGUGCACGCCAGCCAAGGUCGCCAGGUGCGCGGUGUUUCCUCCGACACAUUGGUGCGGCUGGCUUUCGGGUUGGAUGCGCGCUGUGUUAAGAAGCAGUGCGGCUUGGUUGGGUUAUGUUUCGGAGGACGCAUGGCUUUCGAACUUCAUCUCCCCUGAGCCCGUACGGGAGUUGUAGCGAUGAGACAAGAUAGUAAUUACUAACAAUUGGAUACCACGAAAUUGGGGAGAAAAUGGGGUAAAAUAAAAUUUAAAUAAAAAAAAUAAAAAAAAUGUAAAACAUGAUUUUCAGAAAUGUUAAUUUAAUUAAAUAUAACUGCAACAUCUGAACGAUUAUUUGUGAGUAAAAACUACAACAAAGGAAAUUGUUUAAUUUACACCAUAUUCAUAAUAUUUAUAUCAACUUAAGAAUUUUACGUUUUUGAAACAACUUGCCAUUUGGUUCCGUUUGUAGAGGA